CGAGUGCACCGCGCAGCGCGGCGCCCAGAGCGCGGGCCGCCCGCCGAGCGACAGCCCAGCCGGUCCCAGCCGGAGCCGAGCCCCAGCCGCGCCGAGCCGGCCCGGAGCGCCCGGUGCCCGCAGCCAUGCCGGCCGGCCGCGCCGCGCGCACCUGUGCGCUGCUCGCCCUCUGCCUCCUGGGCGGCGGGGCCCAGGAUUUCGGGCCGACGCGCUUCAUCUGCACCUCGGUGCCCGUGGACACCGACAUGUGCGCCGCGUCCGUGGCCGCCGGCGGCGCCGAGGAGCUCCGGAGCAACGUGCUGCAGCUCCGCGAGACCGUGCUGCAGCAGAAGGAGACCAUCCUGAGCCAGAAGGAGACCAUCCGCGAGCUGACCACCAAGCUGGGCCGCUGCGAGAGCCAGAGCACGCUGGACACGGGCGCCGGCGAGGCCAGGGCGGGAGGCGGCCGCAAGCAGCCCGGCUCGGGCAAGAACACGAUGGGCGACCUGUCCCGGACUCCGGCCGCCGAGACGCUCAGCCAACUCGGGCAAACUUUGCAAUCGCUCAAAACCCGCCUGGAGAACCUCGAGCAGUACAGCCGGCUCAAUUCCUCCAGCCAGACCAACAGCCUCAAGGAUCUGCUGCAGAGCAAGAUCGAUGACCUGGAGCGCCAGGUGCUGUCUCGGGUCAACACUCUGGAGGAGGGCAAGGGGGGCCCCCGGAACGACACGGAGGAGCGGGUCAGGAUCGAGAGCGCGCUGACCUCCCUGCACCAGCGCAUCAGCGAGCUGGAGAAAGGUCAGAAGGACAACCGCCCCGGAGACAAGUUCCAGCUCACGUUCCCGCUGCGGACCAACUACAUGUACGCCAAGGUGAAGAAGAGCCUGCCAGAGAUGUACGCCUUCACCGUGUGCAUGUGGCUCAAGUCCAGCGCGGCGCCGGGGGUGGGCACGCCCUUCUCCUAUGCCGUGCCCGGCCAGGCCAACGAGCUGGUCCUCAUUGAGUGGGGCAAUAACCCCAUGGAGAUCCUCAUCAAUGACAAGGUGGCCAAGCUGCCCUUUGUCAUCAACGAUGGCAAGUGGCACCACAUCUGCAUCACCUGGACCACCCGGGACGGGGUCUGGGAGGCCUACCAGGAUGGCACCCAGGGCGGCAGCGGGGAGAACCUGGCACCCUAUCACCCCAUCAAGCCCCAGGGCGUGCUGGUGCUGGGCCAGGAGCAGGACACUCUGGGAGGCGGGUUUGAUGCCACCCAAGCGUUUGUGGGCGAGCUGGCCCAUUUCAACAUCUGGGACCGCAAGCUGACCCCGGGAGAGGUGUACAACCUGGCCACCUGCAGCAGCAAGGCCCUCUCUGGCAACGUCAUCGCCUGGGCCGAGUCCCACAUCGAGAUCUACGGCGGAGCCACCAAGUGGACAUUCGAGGCCUGUCGCCAGAUCAACUGAUGGCCUCAGGCCGGGCUGAGGCCCCCACGCCCGCCGCCCCUGCUUGUGCAGUGAUGACCUGUCCGUCUCCUCUCUCCCUCCCCCAGGAAUGAGCCGAGGCCGUCGCCCCUGCACACACCCACGCCCACGCACACGCACACAGCCUGGUUCCGUCCUCCUCGUGCACGUGAAGCAGCCCGGCUCCCCUCUGUCCCCGAGGACACCCACCUCUCUCUAGGAGCCUGGCCUGUCUCUCAGGCGCCCCAGUCCCAGCUAGAGCAGGCGGCAGCGACAUCUUGAACAAUGCAGAAGUAGGUGAGAGGGUGUGUGUGUCUGUGUGUGUCCACGUGUGUGCCUGUGAGGGCGGCUGGGGAGGCUUUUUCUUUUAGGAAGAAGGAUUUCGAUUCCUUCCUUCUUUGUGGCUUUCGGAGAUCUCGCGAGGGGUCGAAACUCUGUCUACGCCACCUUGGUGAGCUCCCGCGUGCCUUGGGCUGGCGCAUCUCCCCAGCACGCACCUCUGUCUUCAUUUGCAGCCCUUUUUCUGAGUGACAUAUGUCUAUAUUGGUACAAUAAAUGUCUUUUAGUGGUUUGUUAAAGGCCAGGGGCCCUCUCCACGGAGAACUGUACCUUGUGCUAGAGACAGAUUCUCUCUGAAGGCUGCAGGCUGGCGGGCCUGGGGCAGGGCGGGCGCUGCGGGGGGCCUGGCGGCCUGCACACCCAGCCCAGCCGGCUCUGCCCCGGCCUUCCCGCCUCCCUGCAUCCCCGGAGGCUGAGAUCUGUCCCCCUUCCAGCCUCCAGUGCUGUGCUGCGUCAGCCCAGGUGGCGCUGAGAGCGGAGUGUCCCACUCGGCCGGGAAGCCAGGGCCCAGCACUCUCCCCUGUUGCCUCUGGUAGUGCGAGACCAGGGUCUUCGAGAGGGACCUUUUAGAGAAGGGAGCCCACAUUCUGACUGAGACCCAGGCACACGGGGCCACUGAGCCUUGAGCCAUUGAUGGGAAGGUCCUCCUGGUGGGACUUCUGACAGCCAUAUCCCCCAGUCCACCCCGGGCCAGGGGGCUUGUUCAGACCCCUCCGAGAGGCAGGGGCUCUACAGGCCUCCCUCACGGAGCCAGGCCCGGCCAGGGUGGGGGCCUGCAACGCACUGCCCCAUCUCACAGGGCUCACCCCAUAGCAGACCCCAACCUGUGACCAGCCCGCGGCACUGAGCCCUGCCCGGUGUCCGGAACCUUUGACUUUUUUGUUCCCCAUGAAAAGCAACAACAUGAACAUUUCCUUCUAGUCCUUCCAAGGAGGGGAGCAAUGUGUGUGUGUGUGUGUCUGUGCGUGUGCGUGUGUGCCCAUGUGUCACGGGAGAGAGAGACCGUUGGGAGGGGCACGAUGCCCUGUGUAGGGCGAGCUCCCUGCUUUGUUGUAUCAUCCACUGGUCGCAUGCCCUGAGGCUCCCUGGACUCUGUCUCCAGGCGUCUAAUUAGCAAAAGGCUGACAAGUCUUUCUAGAAAUUCUACUGCACCGGGCUCAUCUGCGGCUGCAGGCAUUUCUUCAGGAGGAACAGGUGUUUUCAUCUUCUGUUCCUUCCAGGGCCACCUGUCCCCUUAAACACAGGUCCAUGUUGUGUUGGAAACCUAGUGCGUCUGUGUGUGUCUGUGUCAGUGUCUCUGUGUUGUUCUCGUGGGUGUCUGCACGUCCUGGUCGCCGUCUGCAACGCGUCACUCUCAAGGGAGGGUGCAGGUCAGGCGCCGCGCUGCGCAUUGUUGUUCAACAGUGGCUUUUCUUAAAUAAUUGUGCUUCAUCAGCGCCCGUCGGGUUGUGGCAUCCUUGGAUCUGCAGGGAUCUUCUCUGUUUGCAUGUUCCUCGGGGUGCGUGUUCCUUGCUCCCUGGGUCCAGUGUGUGUCCCUUGCCUGCAUGGACUUCUCCAGUUCCGUGUUGUGUGCUGAGUGCCACCCAGUGUCCUGUGACCACCUGUGUAGCUACCGGAAAUGGCUGGGUUAGCAAGCCAGGGGUGUGAGAGGAGGUCGAGAGAGAUCAGUUUCCCUCUCUCCCUCCCCACCCCCGACACACCAAGAAGUGUUUAACAUGUAAGUUGAGACCAAGCCUAAAGAAUUCCCAAAGUCGGGAGAGCCUGAGAGAGCUCGGAAUCGCCUCUCAGGACCAGGUCUAGCCCACCCCUCGGUCCCACUGUCUUGGAGCUGUCACGUAGGCGGGGCCCGGCGCGGGCUGUGCUAGGCGCUCCCUGGUCAGUGCCUCCCACCAGCCCCCGCCCGGCCAAUCUGCCGGACCCCAGACCACCUUCUGCCUGGAGCGGCCAGGUGGGAGCUGUCCGUUCAGGACCACGAGCCAUCCUCUGCCCUGACUAGAGAGGGGCAGAGCACACCCCAGUGCUUUCGCCUCUGUCCCUGCAGCCUCCCGGCCUGCUCCCCGCCCCUGCCCCCUCUGCCCCACCCAUGGUGCCAGGGCCGACGCUGACACUUAGCUCCCCCGACUCCCUCACUGUGUUAACACUUGGCACUUUGCUGGCCCCAAGAAAGGUAGAUGACACAGCAGCAGAUCUAAUCCACAUAGUUUCCAUCUACUUAAUCUGAUUGAUGUUCCCUCUUGCACUGAAUAAUACAUGCCUCUCUCAGGUAAGCCAUUUUAUAAAACACGGAGAUAACAAAGCACUGUCGAGACAGUGUGUGCUUCUGCCGAUCUGGUGUCCGCCAGCUGCCGGGCCGGGUGUCCGCGGUGGGAGAGCUGCCGGCCGGGGCUCUCCGGGCCCUCGGGGGCUGAGAUCCCACUUGAAUCGUAAGCCUUCUUGCUUUUGAUAACACAGUAUUAUUUCUCUUACUGUAGAAGAAAAAGUUUAUUACCAAACAAGAGUAUUUUUAUGAAAGAAAAGGACAAACCUAUAAAUUAACUCAACCUAUAUAUCUCCCUUGAAAAGACUUUCAGGCCCCUCCUACAUGUAGGACUGAAAGCCCAUAUUUUGGAAGAAAGAGAUACAUUUUGUAUGCUUUCUUUUCCUUUUGUAGAUUCCCAGUUUAUUUCCUAAGACUGCAAAGAUCACUUUGUCACCAGCCCUGGGACCUGAGACCAAGGGGUUGUCUUAUGGGCAGUGAGGGGGUGGGAGAGGCUGGCAUGAGGUUCGCAGCCGCUCCCGUGAGCUCCGGAGAGGAGCCACCUGUUCUCAAAGUGUGGGGGGGACCAGGAGUUAGAAUUGGCCAUGUACGCUGGACCCUUUGUCUUGGUGCUGACUUACUGAGCGGAACAAGCUGAGGGUUUGAAUGUCAGUUCCAGCCGUGGCGGAAGAAACUUGGGUUACAUAUUGUCAAUACCAAGAGGAAAGAAUCCUUUGUAAUCACAGCAACCAAAAUGUGGCUUGAAGAAGUCACAGUUUAACAGUGUGUAAAUUUACUCAACUGAUGACGGGAAAUGUAUCACUUCUGUGCAGUGGACUUAAGUGCAAUUUGUCAAAGGGGAACAAGUCAUUGAGGAGAAAAAAAAAGCCCAAUACUUAGAGUCCCAAUUUUGUCUUAUUUGCCAAAAAAAAAAAAAAAAGCAACCCCCCAAGAUUGACAUUGUCAUAAUGUACAUACUGUAUAAUAGGAGGGAGAAUAGGUGUAUCUUACUUUCAUUAUUUGCCGACCAAAGCUGUACAUUUCUCAUAUGAUCUGCAGCCUUUUUGGGGUAUCAAAUGGGUCAAAACCAUGGGACCUGCCACUUCCCAUCAGCAGUUCUGGAAAUGCACUAUUUCUACUGGUAUUCUUGCUUUUUUUUUCUUUUCAUUUUCUUGCUGAAAUGACAUGAAUUGUUGAGUUUAUUUUUACACAGUAAAGAGUGAAGAAAGA